AUGCGCACGCAGUCCCCUCCACCUUCUUCGUCGUUCCGUGAAGCAGCGGCCGUAUUGCACCCACAUGAUGAAGAAACGAUCGGAGCGGCUACUUCAGGUGCCAUCGAGUCCACCUCCGCACCGGAAUACGCGAGGUUGACACCGCAUGCAACGCCAGUGAGAAGAAACGUCGGACAGAGCAGUGACGAACUAAAGCACAAGACGUCAACCACUCCACUUGUUGCUGCACCUGGCUCCAGCGACGAAGCCAGGCCUCCUGCAGUCCGUCACGCGGUCAAGGAGUCGCGGAAGCAAGGUCUUGCCAAGCAGCAGGCUGCAGACGAUGACGCUUCAUUAAUGGAAGCAGAGAUGACGUCAUCGAGUGCCAUCGAGGUAGCGUCUGCGGUAGCAAGAGGCAGCACUGACGCACCAUCGGAUCAUGCUGCAUCGCACGUGGUCUCGUCGAUCUCCGCAGCAGUGUCAGGCAGCAGUGGUCGCACAGCGAAGACCACGCCGACUGCUGAGAUAGCAGCGCCUGCCAAGACGACGUCGAAGAGAAUGCUGCGGAAAGAAGUACCGGAGAGGGAUGAGAAGCCGAGCUAUUCAACUUUUCACCAUUUUUCGUACUUUACCGUUGCCGAACUCGUGUCGUCCAAGCAGUGCGGAUUAUUCGGAGUCCUCGUCCUCGCCGCUUUUGCCUCGUUUCUCAUUUGCUGGUGUUCCAGACGUCUGUGUGGACUUGGAGCGUCAGAAGAGCAGCAAGACCGCCGGAAUGUCUCGGGGAAAGCGGUUAGGAACAAAUUCUCCCGCAGUCUGGAAAAGCACGCGCCGUCCUCCUACGGAACGCUCCAGCAGUCGGGAAGAAACAACCGCGACGAGAGCAGUCCCAGCGAGCGCUGCGAUGGCGGGAGGGCGAACAAGGAGUCCGCUUUUCACGUCAGUGGUUCGGACGAUGAGGAGAAGCCGAGCCGGCUGUCUUCGGCACAAGAACACAUCAACAGCGGGAAGAGGAUGGGAUUUGGAGGUUUGGUGAAUGGGGAACAGCACGUUGCUAGAGAGGAUUCUGUGAACGUACAAAGGAACUACUUAUUUGAAGAAGCGUCUUUUUUUUUUCACAAAAGUAAUUUUUUCUUGCAUAGAUACGGAGGGAUACGCAUGUUCGAGAAGUGGAUUUCAGAUCAAACAACACGAAAACACUCAGGUUAGCGGCUUCUCCAUGGACUACAAUUCAAACCGGCAGCGCUACAUAGUCGAGGGCGCCGAAUCCGGGUCCGGAGACGGUUUACGGGAUUGCAAUACCGAUACCAGUCGGAAGAAGACGACGUUUCUUGCGAGGACCAGUGGAGCAAUUGCAACCACGGUAUGCUUUCGUAGUGUGAUUACACUGGUGGCACGAGAAAUAGAAAAAUUUCGUCCGAAACAAUGUGUCCGGCGUGUUUUAAUUUGCUUGCAUUGAAUAAUCGAUAAUACGCGAUAGCGAAAACCUAAUUUCGAAAACUCAAAUCGACCAGAACUCGACGAGCACAAGGCUGGCUACCAUGGCGCGUGGCAUCAUCGGCGGAGAGAGCAUCGCUCUGGAGAAGGAUGACAUGCUGACUCGCCGGGAAAAGGGCGUCUUUGUGACGUCGAGCACACAAGUAGAAUCUGGCAGUUCGCAUCAGACUGAGGGCACCGCCAAGGAGGUAUUGACUGAUACAAAGGUGAUUCAGAAUCGUCCACUGAGCGAGUCCAUUUUGCAUAUUUGGUCCGUACAAGCAGUUGCCCUCGACCUCGAGGCCAAUUUUUGCGAAGAACUACCUAGGAGUUCCCCGGCCAGUGCAGCAUUUGAAACUAGCGAGGAGUUCCUAAUGAAACAGUGUAGCAUCUGAAAAACUACAAUUUCUACAAAACAGGCCCACGAGACUACUACUUCCGCGACGUCGAGAAACUGUGUGAUCGCUGGGCAUCAUGUUACUUGGCCCGACAGUGCCGUUCUGUCGCCUCCGGACGCUUAUCACGGAAGCGACCGCCAAGACUCGCUGGUGUAGCCCUCGGCGGGGACGACGGAGGGAAGACGAUGAUGUGUCUCAGAACUACACUAACGGGAAUGAUUUUAUGCGAAUCACAGCUGCAUAUAUUGAUUUCAAAGAAAAUGAUACGGAAAAGGUAGGGACCUGAAGUUCCGACUCAAUAUGACCGAGUAUGUAGGUAUGCUCUGUGUCUUCAGUUGCAAAACCAAAUAUGAUGAUAGUGAGAGAUAUGAAUAAAUCAACUUCACAUACUUACAUUGUUUAACAACUCCCCUAGGUACUUACGAAGUAAGUGAAAAAAUCACCAAUGCCUUAUGGUUGAGCUUCAAAGCAACCACUGCGAAACUGGCUGUUUUACGGACAGCACGAAGAAUAUCAGAAUUGCCAGACAGCCACCAGCUAAGCAAAUCGACUGAUUCACGUAGAUAGAGAGGAUGUUUUCAUCGUAGAUUUUUCCUAGCGCUCGUGUAUCUUUUGCUCCAAUAAAAAACGAAUCAGACGCAAAGCCAUUGAUAGAACACCUAGCAUCGAAAGUCGUAGCGCAGCAAGGCAUUCCCAUGCUUACCCUCUAUGAAACAUAUGCGUUUAUAAUAGCUGCAGCAUUUGCCAGGCUGUGAACAGGUAUUUAAUUAUAGCACCGUAAGUAGAAGCACGGGUAGCUACGCGUCUGCGCAGCAAGCGUUUCAAUUAGAGGCGAAGGGUAUGGCAAAACGAUUUCGCAGCAACACGUUGAAAGAAUACUUCAAUGAACAUAAACAAAUGACUUUACAUCUUCUGUAGCAGCUCCUCAGCAAAAUUUCUAACUCGUAAAGAAUUUUUUAUCGUUCUUCACAAUUAAGUGUUACCCUUCUUUGACGUUUUUAAUCCCGCCCCAGGUAAAAUGAAUGUAUAGCUAAGCAAUGCAAAUUUUGUAAAAUCCAAACCUUAUCGUUAUCCACCUGUAUUUGAUUUGCGAAGUCAGAAUUGUACAGUAUUCGUCGUUUUCAAUCUAAUGGAACUGGAAGGGCUUUUUAGCUAUGCGCUGACGCAGUGCUACACAUUGCCACUGGUGGUCGAG